AUGUCACGCCCGUCCUUCCUCGCCCUGCCCCACGAGCUCCGCGAACUCGUCGCCGGCGACCUCGACCACCCCGCCGACCUCCGCGCACUCGCCCUCACGUGCCGCGCCCUCUACCUCCUCCUCGUCCCCGCCUUCCUCGACUACUGCGCCAUCCGCCCCUUCAUCCACGCCCCCGACCUCUGGCACCACCUCGCCGCCGCCCCCCUCCUCGCCGCUCACGUCAAGCAUCUCCUCCUAUGCCGCCGCGACUACCGCCUCCCCCGCGGCUUCCACCCCGACGACCACGUCACUCGCAGGAGCCAGCAAGUCUACCGCGAGGGCGUCCUCCAGCUCGCCCGCGCGCUCAGAAACAUGUCCGCCCUCCUCUCCUUCCAGUUCCCACCCGGCAUCCGCGGCAAGAACGACGAGAUCUGGGAAGCCCUCGCCGAGUCCUGCCCGAACCUGCGCGAGCUCGUUCUCUGGGACUCGUCUCCCUACGAUUUCGAGCACCGGCCCCUCUACGAGUCCAAGGUCUUCGACCUCCAAGACCUCUCCGUCUUCAAGCUCUACGAAGCCGCCUACGCCGGCAGCAUCAUCCCGCCCCCGACCGCCCGCCUCCGCCACUUCCUCCUCAACUCCCCGCACCUCGAGGAGCUCCUCCUCCACUUUCACUUUGUCGACCGCCGCAUCGCCGCCCCGCUCGACGCCCUCUUCGCCUCCGCCCACUGGCCGCGCCUGCGCGCGCUCGAGCUCUCCUCCGUCUCCUGCCGCGCGGAGACCGCCGCGCCGUUCUUCCGCCGGCACCCGGCCAUCGAGAAGAUUUCGCUGUUUGACGACUUUUACGACCGCGUGGAUUUGGCGCUCGUCGAGCCGGGGACGCUCCCGCGCCUGCGCGUGUUCUACGGGACCGUCGCGAGCCUCAAGGCCCUCGCGCGCGCCCGCGCGCCGCUGCAGGACGUCACCCUCCGAUGGGUCCUGCUCAACCAGGAGAUCGUGCUCGCGCUCAUGCGCAAGUUCGACGCGAUCAAGGCCGGCGCGCGCGAGGACGACGCGGAGGGGUGGAUGGUUGGCAUAUUCGAGGCGGUCCCGCGCGUGAUAUUGACGGACGGCUCGGCGCGCGUCAAGGCGAAGAUGGCAGAAGGUAAGAUGAGCUUUCAGUGGGAGAGCAUAUGAGGGAAGAUGGCAUUGGUGUUAUCCCUGCUAGAAUUAUAGGUACCACUUUGUAGCGUACAUGCCUUUCUAAAUUGCAGUCCACGGCGCGGGUGCCGGGC